AUGGAUGAUUUUACGUCCGCUUUUCUUUCCAGGGGAAAGGAAGACUUGAAAGACGCAGAGGCCAGUAUUUCCUACACUCCAUUCGGUGUUGAUCUACAGAAAUCAGGGGAGACCAAUGAUGAUGAAUCCUUGCGCCAUCAAUCUUCAUAUAGUGAACCAGAGACUGUUAAGCAGUGGCGCCGUGAGUACCAUGCAAACAUUGAGAAAAAAGAUGCUAAUGAGGCGUCAAAGGAUAAGGCAAUGAAAGAAAGUGCUGUGAAGGAAUUAGCUGAGUGGCAGAACUGGCACAAGAAAAAUCUAAUCAAGGCGCAUAAGCAAAAUCUAGCUCACGAAGAGGAGCUGCAGGCUCAGAGAGACAAGACGAUGCUACUUUCCAAAUCCGUCUCCAAAGUCAACUCAUCCGACUCUGCUAUCUGGGAGCGUAUAUGUCAGCUCUGUGAUCUCACAGUCUCCACCUCGUCUGGUGACUCCGUCUACUCGAAAUCCACGGCUGGUACCUCGUCUAGCAGGGACGUUACGCGAUUCCGUUCACUCCUCCUAUCCCUUAAGAACAACCCCCCCAGGGUAUGCCACUAG